AUGGAUACUAUGCGUGAAGAAAAACGAAAUGCUAUUCCAGCAAUCGGAUAUUAUCCACAAGAAGAAAUCAGCACAGGAGUAAGUGAACUUUUCAUAAAAUAUUCUAAAAAUUGCGAAUUUUUUAGACCACACUCAUCGCCAUGGAAUAUAAUGGUGGAGUUGUUGUUGGAACCGAUUCAAGAACCAGCGCUGGGUAUUUUUUCAAGUUUUAUAGCUUCAAAAUCUAAUGAAAAUUCGUUUCAGAUCAUUCAUCACUUCCCGUGCCACCAACAAAAUCACACCAAUCACUGAUAACUUGGUUGUUUGUCGUUCUGGAUCAGCUGCUGACACACAAGCUAUCGCUGACAUCGCCAAAUAUUAUAUUGAAACCUUUUCGAUGAUGGAAAACGAGAAUGUCACUAUCUACAGAGCCACUCAAAUUUUCCGCCAAUUUUUGUACAACUACAGAGACUCGCUUUCUGCAUCAGUUUUGGUUGCUGGAUAUGAUGAUAAACUUGGGGGACAGGUAAUUUAUUUUUGUUGAAUUGACAUUUUUUCAAAUUUUCAAUUUUAGUUGUACGCUUUGCCAAUUGGUGGAUUUGUGACUCGCCAAAGAUCGACAGCUUCAGGAUCAGGAUCCACAUUUGUGCAAGGAUUUUUGGACAGCAAAUGGAGACCAGAUUUGACUUUGGAGGAAUGUAAAGCGAUUGUGAAACAAGCGGUUGGUUUGGCUGUUUUCCGUGACGGUUCAUCUGGAGGGGUUGUGCGAGUCGCUACAAUCGAUAAAACUGGAACCAAGCUCGAAUUGUUCCGCCCAGAUAAACCAGGUUUCCCAUCUGUCGCACCACCAAAAGGUCAUUUAUCGUUCCCGGACCACAUUGAACAAUCUGUCUAA